UACAGCAGAACGAGGAGAAUAUUUCAGGGGGCGUGACAGAGUGGGCGGGUGUAUCUGCGGCUGCCGGCAAAAGUGCAAUCGGAAUUGGAAUUGGAAUUGGAAUCGGAAUCGGGGUGGAGAAUCGAAAUCGGUUGGACGAUACGCAACCGAUACCCGCUUCGAACAACUCAAGUGGCCAGGAUAGCCGGCUAACAACAAGGACUCGUAGUAGAGGCGGAGUCCAGGAUUCAAAAAGGAUACCAAAAAAGAAAAACCCAAACACACACACGCCGACAAUGUCCUCUACGUCGUCGCAGUCCUCCGAUGGAAACGAGACUGUUGGCGAAAUGUUUUCGGAAGCGGAAACGGCGGAAGUGCGGCAUGUUGUUCAACGCAUUUUGGUGCCGUGCGUUUUUGUUAUUGGACUAUUGGGAAAUUCAGUGAGCAUUUAUGUUUUGACGCGGAAACGCAUGCGGUGCACCACAAACAUAUAUCUCACGGCGUUGGCCAUCACGGACAUUGCCUACCUCACCUUCCAGCUGAUCCUUUCCCUGCAGCACUACGACUAUGUGAAGUACCAUUGCGAGAUCUACUGGCAGCUCUACGGGAUCUUUGUUUGGCUCUGCGACAGUUCAGGUUACAUCUCGAUUUACAUAGCCGUGUGCUUCACCAUCGAGCGAUUCAUAGCGAUACGCUAUCCGCUCAAGAGACAAACAUUCUGCACCGAGUCGCUGGCCAAGAAGGUGAUAGCAGCCGUGUCCCUGUUCUGUUUGCUCUCCACACUCUCAACGGCAUUCGAGCACACAAUUAAGGUCGACUGGAAGCUGAUUGAUGGCGCCUACCAGAACUGCAACCAAACGCUGGCCAAUGUCUCGCCCAUGCCCCCAUCAACGUCCGUCACGCCGGCCCUGUCCACGCCCCCAAUGGUUACGCCGCCGACCAUUUGGAAGGAGAAGGAGCUGGAACAGAACUUCUUCACCCAGGAGUCGUCGACCGCCAAAAGCUCGAGACUGCUGUUCGACUUUGGCAGUGGCAGCGGUGAUGGAGAACCAGUGAACAUUCCACGUCUUCGCCGACACUGGCAGUCAUCUGGAUUUGUGACGCCGCCAACUCUGAGGAAAACGCUUCAGGACCAAGAACGAGAGCUGGAAAAUGGGGGGAAAAUUGGACAGAAACAGGAGCUGGUACAGGUCACCACCGAGAGUUUGCUACAGUUGUUACGUAGCAAACGGAGCACGGACCACCACAACAUCACGGAUGCAUUCGCAUUUAAUGUAACGGAAUACUGUCAAAAUAUGACUCUCUACAACCAUGGUCCAUCGGAACUUGGAAUGAAUGAACUAUAUGCUAAUAUCUGGAAUGUAUUCACCCUGCUGGUCUUUGUGGUGCUGCCUUUGCUUCUGCUGGUCACUUUUAAUAGCUUUUUGAUCCUUUUGGUUCAUCGUUCGAAAAGCCUGCGAGGGGAUUUGACAAAUGCCAGCAGUAUAAGGCGAACAAAACGCAAAUCAAGCUCUGGCAUUAAGGGCAGUGUCUCCCAGGAGAAUCGCGUCACCAUCACCCUAAUUGCGGUGGUCCUCAUGUUCAUUGUUUGCCAACUCCCAUGGGCCAUUUACCUGAUACUGAGCACCUAUAUGGAAAUCCAGGUGGGCACCCAACUGGUGGCCGGAAAUGUCUUCAAUCUGCUGGCCGCCCUCAAUGCGGCCUCAAAUUUUUUCUUAUAUUGCGUUUUGUCGGACAAAUAUCGGAAGACGGUGAGGGAACUGAUCACCGGGUAUCGCUAUAGGCGUCGGCAUGCCAGAAACAAUACGAGUCUCUAUGUGCCGCACACGACCACCACGCUGAGCCACAUCAAUGGCCAUGAUCAUGGUGGUAGUCAUUACGGAGGAGCUGGAAGCCGUCGAAGUCGUAAUAAUAAUAAAUCCAUGGCUACGGGUCGCCUGAUAGCGUGAUUUAUGUGGAUUUAUAUAUAUAUAUUUUCCAAAGGGAGAGAAUGUGUGUGGAAAAAAGGUCACCAGAAACUAGGGAAACUAGGAAAAUUCCAAGGAAAAACUUAAAAGGUGGCAACACAAAAAGGAUAAGCCAGAAAUAAAGGCGUGAAAGUGAUUAUUACUUUAAAGUAGAAAAGAAAAUCAGCAUGAAAAUAUUCUUAAAAAUAUUUAAUAUUUAAAAUAAAGCUUGACUUUGGUCUGUAAAAUAUUUAAUUUUAAAAUACAAAAAAAAAUCAUCUUAAAAAGCUAACUUUUAAAGUAAAAACUAUCAAGUUGUGACUUGACUUUAACUGUCAAAGCAAAAAUUAUCAAGUUAAGACUUGACUUUAACUGUAAAAGAAAAAAUUAUCAAGUUAAGGCUUGACUUUAACUGUCAAAGCAAAAAUGAUCACGUUCAAUCUUGAUUUUAACUGUCAAAGCAAAAAUGAUCAAGUUCAAUCUUGACUUUAAUUGUCAAAGCAAAAAUUAUCAAGUUAAGACUUGACUUUAACUGUCAAAGCAAAAAUGAUCACGUUCAAUCUUGACUUUAACUGUCAAAGCAAAAAUGAUCAAGUUCAAUCUUGACUUUAAUUGUCAAAGCUAAAAUUAUCAAGUUGAGUCUUGUCUUUGUAAACCUUAAUUUUCGUGUAAAACAUUCUAUAAAAUAUUUAUAUUCUCUUUAAAAAAACACCAAGUCAAGCUUUUGAAAGAUUUCUUAAAGAUAUAAAAGCUGUUUUUCUUUUUCCACUGUAUAAAUCAAUAUCUUUAUGUACAUCUCUCUCCAAACACUAUAUAUACAUACAUAUAACAUAUUACAAAACAUACAUUGUGCCAUAAUGUGAUGAUUAUAGAUUUAUGCUAGUUAACCUAAACGUAAUUGUUGUCCUAAGUACUAAACGCAUCAAAUCAAAUACACAAUACACAAUACACACACAAACAAACACACACACACAUAAGGAUGUUUGCUACUAUUUGGCCAAGUCCCACGGGGCGUAUGAAUAACGCACUAAAGCAUAUUAAUUUGGUUGGCAUUUCCCUGAAGUGGGCACAGGGAGUGUAUAUAUCGGUUAAAUCCGGUUGAGAAUAUAGUCCAGUUCAGUUAGCAGUCCAGCGGGAGGGACAUUGCUGAGAAACGGAACAAGAAUAAAAAAUAUACAACAACAACAACGACAAAAAAAUAAGGACACCAAAGGAGGAAACGAGGAAGGAAUAACUAUUGAAAGGCUUGUAAAACUACA